AUGACGACAAAUUAUUUUAAACAAGGGAAGGGCGGAUCUGCUGUUAUGGUUGGUAGCAGCGGCUACGGAAACGUAGCUCCUGCUGAGGGAAGGAGCGACACCCCUGUCGUAAGGGGGUCGGGUACUGGAGGGAGCGCGGAGCUCUUCAGUCCGGUGCAGGCUGACGACUCUGGAAACUUCAAGGUUCCCAGAGUUGUCAGCAACGUUAUGGUGGCUCCUCCACUUAGUGAGAGGGACUUUCCGCCCCUCCCGGGGUGUAGUGCCCGGUCGGGUAUGGGAAGCCAGGAGCCGGAGUUGAUUGAAGUCACUCCGGACUCCAUAAUGCAUUAUAGCUCCGAGGAGGACGAGUCGACGCUUACGGACACUAGCUGUGCCACGACGUCGACGACUAACAGUCGUAAACGCGCGAAAAACUCCGCGUCUUCCGGUACCUCUAAGGUCAGGAAGACGAGGGGAUUCAUAUCCUCGGAGGCGCGCGAGGACCUCUACCUGCAACAGCAGACCGAGGUCCUCAGGAAGUGGCAAGACCACAGGAGCACCCCUGUGGCAAAAGUCCUGCUAGGGAGGCCGGCAAACCCCGGAGAACAGCAGGUUGACCUCACCAGGCUCCCAGCCAUUGAGCUGGAGUCUGAGGUCGCAAAGGGCAUGGCCCGUCUCCGCGAGGUGUCGGAAUAUAAGAAGGGCCUUAAGGGUACGACACAGAAGACCCUUAGGGAGAUCGCCACACUCGCGGAGCGGGCGGUCCAAGUGCUGAGGACGAGAACUCAGAGUGAGGAGGUCGUCAGGCUGCAGGAGGCGAACGAGCGCCUGCGCCGUGAUUACGACUCCCUCAAGAGGGACCUUGAGGACAUCAAGGGCCAGCUGGCUAGUGCUCUGAUCUGCAGGGAGUCUGACCCUGGGGCGGACAUGGGAUCGAGCGCGUCGGGCCCCUCGAAGAGGAGGUGGAUCGUCUCCUCUGAUGAGGAGGACUCAGUUCGGGCCCCGGGACCUGGGCCAUCCCCCCCGGUGCGUCGUCCGUCUCCAGCCCCGGCUGGGCCCUCGGUGACGGCGAGGAAUGGGGCUCCCGAGGAGCUCGCUCUCUCGGGCAGGGACGAGAAGCUGCUUGACGUCCUGCUCCGCAAGGUGGGCUCGAUGAUGGACGCCAAGCUGGAGGGGAUACGGGAUAGGCUCCUACCGGAGAAAUCCCUCAGACCCCCUCUUGCUUUCGAGAGGGGAAGGGGCGAGGACGUGGGUAGGGGCCAUGGUCCGGAGCCGGUGCCCCAGGGGGCUCCUCCGAUCAUCCCACAGGCUAAGGCUAAGUCAGCCAAAAUAAAACCGCCCACUGGCGGUCGGGAGGCUAAGGUGGCGUCUGGUGUGGCGGCCAACAAAAAGACCCCUCCGGCUACGAAGGAGGCAGCUUCCUCUCCCUCCGUCUCUGCCCCUCCCCUUCCCCAAGAGUUCUGGGUGGAGGUUGUGGGGAGGAAGUCAAAGAAAAAGAGGAGGGAGAAAGCCUCUGGCCACGCGGCGGGCUCUGCUCCGGCGGAAACCCCUAUAAGUGCGGGUUCCAAAGGAGCAUCCCAGCAGAAGAAGAAAGGGGCCAAGAAGAAGAAAAACCCCGAGAAGAAGAUAAGGAUCAAUGUCCCCAAGCGGGCGGCGAUCGUCCUCAUGGCGACGGACAAAGACGGGACCAGCGUGGCGGAUGCCCUGGCGAGGGUUCGAGACCAAAUCGACCUUCGCAGCAUGGGCAUCCCCUCGCUACGCCCUAGGAGGGCCCUCACCGGGGCCAUUAUGUAUGAGGUCCCCGGUGAGCAAAGCAAGGAGGGAGCGGAGAAACUGGAGGCCAAACUCCGGGAGCUCCUCAACCCGGAGGAGGUAAAGGUCUCCAGGACAACCAAAACCGCCGAGCUUCGCUUGUCCGGACUGGACGACUUGACGGUCGCCCAGGACGUGGCUGAAGCCAUGGCGAGGGUUGGGGGGUGCACCGCCCAUGACGUCCAAGUGGGGACGAUCAGACGUCCGCGAAAUGGGCUAGGCUCCGUCUGGCUCCGCUGCCCGGCAGCUGCGGCGUCGAAGUUGGCGCAGGCGGGCAAGGUGCAGGUGGGCUGGGUCAUGGCCAGGGUUGAGGCCCUGAGACCCAGGCCCGCCCAGUGCUUCCGUUGCCUCAGAACGGGCCAUACCAUUGGCAACUGUGACUCGCCCGUGGACAGGGGCAACCUGUGCUACAGGUGUGGCCAACCUGACCACGUGGCGAGUGGCUGCGAAGAGGCCCUCAGAUGUCCCGUCUGCGCCGAUCUGGGCAGACCGGCGGGGCACCGUUUCGGCGGACCAGCGUGCACCCCGCCCCCUCCAGCCAAAAAGGCGGCUAUGAGGAAGGUGGGCGAUAAAGAGGCGGUGACGGGGCCUAGCACCGUCCCUCAGACCACCAAUGUGGAAGGAAGUAGCCUGGAGGAGGUGAUGGACACGGACCUCUAA